CCCAGUGUAAACAGAACAUUAAAAAUAAAGGUUGGCGGCAACCCUGCCACACGUGUCUGGUUUAGCGCCUACCAAAUGGAUGUGGAUGAGGGAAAACAGCAGGUUGUCAUUGAGGAGAAUCCCAAUGAGCAUGUGAUUCGUGAACGAAACGCCGAGAUUGUAUCCGGCGGGAAUGUAUUCUACAACCCUGUUCAGGAGUUCAACCGGGAUCUCAGCAUCUCGGUGCUGAAUGUUUACCACAGGAUAUUGGUAAAGGAAAGAAUAGAAAAGGCGGCCAAAAAACAGCAGCAGCGGAAAAGGGCGAAAGAUGAAGAGAAGAAGGAGGUGAAGGAGAACGAAGGCGCACCCACGCUAGGACCUGAAGAAUCCCCCACUUAUGUGGCCGGAAAACGCUAUGAGGAUGGUAUGCGGAUCCUAGAGGCCCUAGCGGCCACUGGGUUACGGAGCAUCCGAUAUGCCCAGGAAAUCGCUGGUGUUCGCCAGAUUGUGGCCAACGAUCUGUCUCGACAGGCAGUGGCCUCCAUAAACAAGAACGUGCAGCACAACCAGGUGGAGGAGCUCAUCGAAGCGAGCCACGCGGAUGCGAUGACCCUCAUGUAUCUUUCAACUGCCCAAGAAAAGAGGUUCGAUGCCGUGGACCUAGACCCGUACGGAUGCCCGAAUCGUUUCCUGGAUGGUGCCAUUCAGUGCCUGGUUGAUGGAGGCUUGCUUCUUGUGACCGCCACCGACAUGGCUGUGCUGGCGGGGAAUGCACCGGAGGCUUGUUAUGUAAAGUACGGCUCAGUACCUCUGAGGAUGAAGUGCUGCCACGAGAUGGCACUGCGCAUCCUGUUGCACUGCAUUGAGAGCCACGCGAACCGGCAUGGAAAGUACAUUGAACCUUUGUUGAGUAUCUCAGCGGACUUUUACAUCCGUAUAUUUGUCCGAGUUCGUGUCGGCCAGGCGCAAUGCAAACUGUCGAUGAGCAAACAGUCGUGGAUGUAUCAGUGCACCGGAUGUGACACCUUCACAUUGCAGCCGUUGGGCAUCACCAAACCGAAUCCGACUGCAGGAAACCCACAGCAGCUAAAGUUUGGCAUACCCACGGGUCCCGCGGUGAAUUCCCAGUGCGAGCACUGCGGGCACAGGCACCACUUGGGUGGACCCAUAUGGUCGGCUCCGCUACACAACCCGGAAUUCGUAAACCAGCUUUUGGAGGCCGUCCAGGAAUCACCCUUGGAGUCUCUGGGCACUCAAAGGCGAAUAGUUGGUGUGUUGUCCAUGGUCCAGGAGGAACUUCAGGACGUGCCUUUAUACUAUACCCCGGACAAGCUGUGCUGUGUCCUCAAGCUGGAGAUUGUGCCCAUGCUGAAGUUCCGAUCGGCUUUGCUCCAUGCUGGCUAUCGUGUUUCCUACUCCCAUGCUUCGAAAAACUCUCUGAAAACAGACGCACCGGCUUCUGUACUGUGGGACAUCUUGCGCAGCUGGAGCAAGCGGCAUCCGGUCAAUCCGGAUCGAAUGAUUCCCGGUACUCCUCUGCAGGUGAUCCUUUCCAAACCACAUACCACGGAUUACGAUUUUGAUAAUCUACAUCCGGCUGCCAAUCCGAAAAGCCGUAAGUCGGCACUUUCCCGCUUCCAGGAGAAUCCCACGCCACACUGGGGACCAGGAACCAGAGCCACCAUUAUGAUUGGGGACAAUAAACAGCCCAAGAGCUAUCGUAACCAGAACAAGAAGCAGCGCCAAAAAGCGCUAGAGGGGGAGAACAAAGUCACUGCCCAAUCGGAGGAUUCAGAGGAAGUGGAGCAUCAAGCCAAGCAACCCAAGCUAGAUACCGCUUUAUGACAACAGCUCCACAAUUUCAUUUAAUUUACUUGGGGCUGAAAUGUGUGUACUAAAAAAAUGUAUUUUUAAAAAAUUA